AUGCAGCCGGGAUUUGCAACGCCAACCGAACGCCUUUCCCAGAUGAAUGACAGGCAAACUACUGUUAUAGGAAACAGCCGGUUUGCCACAGACAAUAGCGAAGAGAUAACGACCAAUCUGCAGGAGGAGCUCGGCGGGACAGGAAUUGAGUCGAAGCCCUGCAUUAGGACGGAGAUAAGUUCUUUCAGGCAGUUUUCAAUUUCCAGAGCAAAGCCAGUACGGAACAAAUAUCCAGCUCCGAAGAAUUCUUCCAUGAAACAGCAGGAAGUGAAAGUACAGGAGACUGAUUGGGUACACAGACUGGUGCAGUAUGGCUAUCAGAAUCACAGCUUCACCCCUGAAGAAAGAACAGAGGGCACAGUCCUGUUGAAAAUGAUCGAAUGGCCAAACCCUCCCAAUGCUGAAGUUCCCUUUCGGAAAAGCAGUGACCCAUCGCAUACCUGCUUUGUUAUUUUAAAUUCUGGAAAGACUUUCCGCGUCGGAGAUCAGUUACAGGUGAUGCUGCAUAUGUACGAUUUUGAAGGAAAUCCGAAGCAAUACGGAGGUGACUAUCUCCAAGCCCGGAUCCACACCCCAGAGUUGAAAGCCAGUUCAACAGGAACAGUUAUAGAUAACCAAAAUGGAAGUUAUUACAUAAAUUUUACUUUAUCCUGGCCGGGAAAAGUCCAAAUGUCUGUUUCCCUGGUUCAUCCCAGUGAAGGGAUAAAAGUACUAAAAAGGCUACGUGAAGAACGGCCAGAUCGAGUGUAUUUGAAAAGUGCUUUCAAAGCUGGGGAUGUUUCAGAGACUACUGUAUGCAAUCUGUUUUUGCCUCACACUAAGCCACUCUGUAACUUCACUGAUCUCAGGACUGGGGAGCCCUGGUUCUGUUACAAACCCAAGAAGCUUCCCUGCUCUUCUCGCAUUAAUCAUGGUGUAGGAGGAUAUGUAAAGGAUGUUUUAAUUGGAGAAGAGAGGCAGUUUUUACAAAGAAGAAUCAACAUCAAGAAGCCCAUAUUACCCUGUGCAGCUGGUUAUAUAAUCGUAGAGCCGUCACCUCGACCAACCACAGAUCUCGGAGAAUGUGUUCAGGGAAUGCCAAUGGUAUCACCAUCUGGCUUUUAUUUUAAGAACCAGUGGAUGUCAACAACCUGUAAUAUUCGGCACUUUGUUACUCCUGCAAGUAUUACAAAAUGCCUUCAUGGGAAAAAGGUUCAUCUGUUUGGAGAUUCCACAAUACGCCAGUGGUUUGAAUACCUGACUGCAUAUCUUCCUAAUCUUAGAAUGUUUGACCUUGGCACUCAUAUCAAGGCUGGCCCUCUGUGUGCUUUGGACAUGGAAAACAACAUCAUGCUGGAAUUUUGUGCUCAUGGCCCACCAAUCCAAUUCACUACUCUUUCAAGCCAGCAUCUGUUCUACAUUUCAAAUAAACUGAAUGAAAUUAAAGGAGGGAAAGACACAGUUAUUGGCAUCACCCUAUGUGCCCAUUUCAACACUUUUCCAGUGGAAGUGUAUAUCAGAAGGCUGCAGUAUAUCCGGAGAUCAAUUCUACAGCUGCUGGCCAGGAAUCCAGAUACAGUGAUUGUUAUAAAGACUGCUAAUGUACGGGAAGCUAUACAAGAUCACAUUCAUAACUAUAAUGACUGGUUCUCUUAUCAACUUGAUCUACUGAUGAGAAGGAUAUUUGCAGGCAUCAACGUAGCAUUUGUGGAUGCGUGGGAAAUGACCAUAGCCCACAACCUGCCCCAUAACAUACACCCUCCUCAAAUCAUUAUAAAGAAUGAAGUAGAUGUGCUUCUUUCAUAUGUGUGCCCUUCAUAA